AGUACAAAAGCCGAAAUCUCAUCAACACUACAUGUGAUGAAUCGACGGGUACCGAGCGCAGUUUGCGUCAAGGAUAUGCGCGCAGCGAGAGCUGUUAUCGCAAAUCUAUCGCCGGAUGAACGAAUACGGCUGCAAAAUGCUCUGAUGGAUAGCAGUCAUUCUUGCACACAAAUCAACCUUCGUAACACCCUAAAUGUUCAGUUGAGCCGUGAACAGAGCAAACAGCUUUUCAUUGUCAAUACGUUACCGUUUAUUGGUUUCGGUUUCUUGGAUAAUUUCUUAAUGAUCGUUGCGGCUGAGUAUAUUGAACAUUCAUUAGGUAUGGUUCUUGCCGUUUCAACGAUGGCUGCCGCUGGCUUAGGGCAUAUUGUAGCAGAUUUGGCCGGGAUCGGAUUAACACAUUAUGUGGAAUAUAUCGUCUCUAAACUAGGCGUCAAGCGACCGGUUCUUACGGCAGAACAGCUGCAUUCAUCGAUGGCCAGGAAAGUGAUCAAUUUAAGUCGCACAUUCGGACUUGUUAUUGGAUGUUUGAUUGGAAUGUUUCCGUUAUUAUUUUAUAAGGACCCUAAGAGUUCAUGA